CUGGUGUUGGACUUGCGGUUGCAUAUGGCGCAGCGACAGUGACGGGGACUAAAUAUCGAUAAUCUGUGGAUAUUACAAAAGCGUGGAUGUUUUUGGACGGCGAUGCAGAAGCCCUGAAAUGAGAGUGUGAGAUGAUAUCCCUUCGGAGAGUGUGGAUAACCACCACUGCCUCAUUGAUGACUACGAGCAGGACGAGUCUGAGGAAGAGCUGCUGCUGCAUUCAUAAACACUUCUUUAGGACUCACAACCCCUGAGCUUUUGUUGUGGGGGACGCUGCUCACUAAAUAACACAGAUUCUCGUUGUGCACGAUGGCUGAAAAGGGUAAAAUGAAUAUAGAGCAUCUCGGUGGAGUUUUCAGGCUCCGAGAGGAACACGAAAAGGUGGUGAAAGAUUGUGAAAGUCGGAUUCAACACUGGAAGAAGGUGUCAGGUGACUAUGAGGCCCUGAAUGAGCGCCUCAAAACUCUCCCAGAUCGACUCUGCUACGACAUCAUGGUGCCGUUCGGCCCUCUGGCCUUCAUGCCUGGGAAGCUGCAGCGCACCAACGAGGUCACCGUGUUGUUGGGUGACAACUGGUUCGCUAAGUGCUCCGCCAAGCAGGCUCAGAAAAUCGUGGAUCACAGGAUGAAAUAUGUGAAGAAUGAGCUGGAUGAGCUGUCUAAAACCAGGGAGAACUUUGAAGCCAGAGUUGGAUUUGCGAAGGACUUGGAAACGAUCUCAGCCAGUAAAGGCGACUACGUUGACAUCAGAGAGGAGGUUGGAAACAAUGACUCUGCUGUGGCCAAAGGAAAGCAAAGAAUAGCUCACAAACCAAACUCUCAGCCCAAGCGCGACGCCGUGCUGGACGUGAAGGAGGACGACGAGGAGGAGGACGGGGGACAGGGCGGGGACGGCGGCGGCGGGAGCCGGAGGGGCGUCCUGACCGAGCAGGAGCUCUGGGCUCGGCUGGAUGAGCUGGAGAAGCUGGAGGAGCUGCAGGAGGAGCAGGACAGGUUAUCCGACAACGCAGACAUGAACGGCGAAGACACGUCGACUUCGUCCUCGGAGGAGGAGAAGGAGGCCGACGCCGCUCCUCCGGUGAACGGCGUGAGCCUGAAGCCGAGCUGGAGCGCCGCGCCGCGCAGCAAGGCAUCGCUCAGCACAGACAGGAAGCAGGCAGACUGUGAGGAAGAGGAGGAAGAGGAGGAAGGCAGCUGUUUACCCACCAUCUUCUUUUCUCACACCGUUGAACCCAAGAAGGUGAGGAUAAAUACUGGAAAAAACACAAUGCUGAAGUUCAGCGAGAGGAAAGAGCAGAAGGAGCACUCCAAGAGGAAGAAGAAAAACGGCCACAACAACGGACACUCGCACCACGAACUUCACAAAAUCACAACACCAGCAGACAUUUACAGGGUCUUCGUGGACGUGAGGAACGGCGAGCCGGUUCCCAGGAAGUCCAUCCUGAAGUCCCGCAGUCGGGAGAACAGCGUCUGCAGCGACACCAGCGAGAGCAGCGCGGCCGACUUCGACGAGCGCCGCGUGAUGAUCGGCCGCAGCUUCAGCCACGACGAGGCCACGCACAGCGACACCAGCGACGGCGUCACGGAGGAGGACAGUCCCGUGGCGGUGCCGCUGCAGCCCACCAGCCGGUUCGAGGCCUUUUCGGGCACCGUGAUCGAGAAGGACCCGAUGCCUUCAGGCGUCCCCCAUCUGACCAUCUCCCCUCCCGCCCUGCCCACCAUACUGGAGCGGAAGCAGGAGGAGGCGCCGCCGGACCUCGUCCCGCCUCAGCCGGCACCGAAGAGGGUGUCCAAGUUCAAAGCUGCCAGAUUGCAGCAGAAGUGACUGUUAGAUCUUUUCUUCUUUUCACACGUAACUUCUUGAUUUUUGUUCCCAGGCCUUCGUUUUCUUCUCCUUGACUGUGAACUGUAACCCUUCUCACCUUUCUCCGCCACAUUUCAUGCACUUAACAUGGUUUCUGUAUUUCCAAGACAUGAUCAGUAGCAACGAAUUAGCCUUGCGUGUGACACCGCUUUCAAACCAGCGCCACAGAACAAGAAGCACUCGCCGCUCCAACACUUUUCGGUUAAACUUUCUGGACAGUUUGAGUUCCGCCGCUGUAAUAAUGAUCUCCUGUCGAACCGCGUUCUUCCCCGGCUCGGUACAGCUGUAGGUUUCCCUCGCUCGGGUUGACGCUGCCUUGUUUGUUUUCUUCUUUAAAAGUUUUGAUCAUGAAACAGGUCCGGACGCCCUGCUUGCUCUUCUUUUACCUACUUUUGACCUGCCUAAUGAAUGUACGUGUUCAUUUGUGACGAGCUUUAUGUAAAGACGACAAAAAAAAUAAAUAAAUAUUGAUGACAAUAAAGGAUUUUGACUA